GGAGAAUGGGAAACAAUCAGAAGAUCUCUUCCACUGAAUACUCUGGGCAGCAGAAUUGUCACAACAACUCGUAUUAAUGCUAUAGCUGAGAAGUGGCGUGAUGAUUUUGAUGCCUUGAUCUAUAAAAUGGACACUGAAUGGGAUUAUGUUCGUGAAAUAUGGGCCUACAUAAUUGGUGAGGAAGAUGUUGCCGCUGGGAUGGUAGCAAAGUUUGACAUGGUUGCCGCAGAUUUUGAUUGUGACCAUCCUGUUGUGCACAUGUGCGGUGGUAUGCCAUUAGCACUAGUCUGUAUGUUUUCAGCGUUGGCAAAGGAGCAAGAACAACAAGGGCUGCAUGUAAAGAAGGCAAGUGAUGUACAAGAUAGGAUUUGGGAAAAAGUAAAGCGAAAUGGAAUCCAGAAUACUCCAGGUUUUGAACCAUUGGUCGAGAGUUUGCAGCUGGGCUACAUCCAUCUUCCUCAUCAUAUGCUGAAGACUUGCCUUUUGUACUGCUGUAUAUACCCUGAGGGUCGGGAGAUUGAAAGGGGUCAUUUGAUGAGGAGAUGGACCGCAGAAAGAUUUGUCUGUAAAGAGGAGAUAGCAAAAGGUUAUUUUGAAGAGCUUGUUAACAGGGGAUUGAUUCCGUUUGUAAAGAAAAGAUACAGUGAGAACUAUGGCAAAUACAGAGUGCACCCCGUGAUGCGAAAUUUCCUUAGAUGCAAACUCCGAGAAGACAAUUUCAUUACAUGCAGUUCUGAUAUUCCAGCGUCAUAUGCCUGCCGAAUCCGUUUGCUCUGUAUCGAUGAGGAUCCGAUGUCAGACUCAGGCUCUGUAACGGAUGAUGGUCCCAUGUCAGAAAUUGAUUGGUCCCAUAUUCGGUCCCUUGUUGUGUUUGGAAGUGCCAGGAGAGCCCGCUUGGGACAGUUGAAAUGUCUGCGUGUGUUAGAUCUUCAGUUCAAUGAGGGUCUUGAGAAUGACGAUCUGAAGGAUAUGUGUGGCCUAUUCCGUGUGAGGCACCUGUUUGGCCUUCGUGGGAGGUUUAUAAGUGAGAUCCCACCAGAAAUACGGGGGCUGCAGCAUCUGGAGACUUUGGAAGUGAGGGGAACACGGAUCACAGGCCUACCCGUUGAGAUUGGAAAGCUGCAGCAUUUGAAGAACCUGGACUUGAAGCAGAACGAGUAUCUCAAGGAGGUGCCUAGGGUGAUCCGAGACCUGCAGCAUUUGGAGAAUCUUUCCUUGAAUACAACAGGCAUCACAGAGCUACCCAGGGAGAUCAUCACGAGACUACCACAAUUGAGGAGCCUUGACGUGAGUAGAAACCCAAAAAUCACCGAGUUACCCAGUGAGAUUUGGAACCUCCAGCAUUUGAGGACACUGAAUUUGGGUAACACACAGAUCACACAACUGCCUCGGGAGGUUGCGAACCUCCAGAAUUUGGAGACUCUGAACUUGAACCGCACACGUAUCAGAAAGCUGCCUCGGGAGAUCGGCAAACUGCAGCAUCUGGAAUCACUGAACUUGUACCUUUCAUUGGUGAGGAAGAUACCGAUGGAAAUGGAAGGACUUAAUAAACUGAAGAGUUUGGUAACAGAUGGGUUCAACGCAUUGCCCUGGGAAGCUGCUAAGCUUUCACGAUUGUUGGGAUUGCCCGAGGGUCUCUGCCAAAUUUGGAAGAACAGUGAUGUGGUGUCUUCGCUAGCCGGGGAGAUCCUGCAUUUGAAGUUCACUCAGCUAUUGGGCCUAACCAUCGGCACGAAACAGAUGCGCAUCCCGCGGUGGAUCAAGGAUCACUUCAGUGACCUGGGCACCUUGGACAUCAGGGUCUGUAAGCUAGAGGAGGAUGGUCUCAAGAUUCUGCGGGAGAUGCCCAACCUUCAGAUUCUCGACCUGUACUUCGAAGUCGUUCCGAGAGAGCCGGUAGCCAUCAGAGGUGGAGGGUUUCCCAGGCUUAUGAGACUCACUAUUGACAGCCGAGUGCCACGGGUGUUCUUCCAGGAAGGAGCUAUGCCCAUGCUCGAAUGGCUUGUUAUCGUGUUCCAGUUCUAUGCUGGCCCACCAAAUAGAGAUCCUGUCGGUAUCAAUCAUCUCACGGAACUCAGCAUAGUCCAGAUUCGUUGUGAAAAGGAAUGCUACAGCGCAGACGCCCCAUGCAUCAGCGCCACAAUUGACGUCCUUCGAGAAGAAGCCUGGGAGCAUCGCAACGAUGUGUUAUUUUCUGUCACUGGUUACCGUUCAGGGACUUACGCAGCGAACAAAAAUAGUGCAGAUAUUUUGGAAGAGGUCAAUGACGCUUGCAGCAGUGAGACGGGCGAGUUCGAACGAGGAGGAGAGCAGCAGCAGGGUGAGAUGGAGGAAGAGCGGAGCCAGGCAUAACUGUCAUACACGAAAUAUAAUGCUGCAGGCUAUGUGGCGCUUCCCCACGUAUCGUCCGUCCCAGACCAGACGUGGUGACAUCGGGGCUACACAAGACGCACAGCCUGCCGGCCUGUACUACAACACUACAUCCACGACGCUUUGUUUUUCCCUUACAUGCACCGUGUUUUCAAGAUAUUUCCUUGCUUCAAUGUCCCAUGCCGGCCUUACUUCUACCUGUACUAUUCAACAAGCAGCGCACGUGGGCACUGCGUGUACUGUGCAGCCGCGGCGGCUGGAAACAUUAGGCUCUAUCGCCGCGGGGCUGCUUCCCAUCCACCCACCUUCUCUUUGCCCAUGUGUCAUAUGCCCUUCCUGUUUGUGGCGGUUCUCCGGUGGGGUCUUCAACCGGCCUUGUCGCGGCGGCCCAGGUGGCACUCCACUUUGUGCACUGCUACCAGACACACAUGUGUG